AAUUUUGCCACUGGAAGAGAAAUUUUCAGUAACCUCUUCGGUCUUCUUGGAAGGUCAUUCGAACCAGGGUUUUGUUCUCUCUCUCUCUCUCUGACCAUGGAAGAGGAAUUUGCAGUAACCAAUCCCACUCAAUUAGUGGAGGCAGCAUCAGAUUUCGCACAUCAUCCCGGAGCCCAAUCCGACGCUUCAGCCAAGGAAUUCCUAGAUCGGUUCCCUCUUCCAGUCAUCAUCAAUGCUUUACAAACAAAACAGGACGUGCUUGGUCUUGAAAAUGCUUUGGUUGCUUGCUUGGAGAGGAUAUUUAGGACAAAAUAUGGGGCCUCCCUCAUUCCACAGUACAUGUCAUUUGUAGUAGUUGGUCUGGGGGCGGAUUCUCAAAAAGUCAGAUGCCUUGCCUGUAAAACAGUUUCUUGUCUUUUGGAGAAUUCUGACGAUACCUUUGUUUCUGCUGCCCGGCUAGUGAUCAAGUACGAUGUGUAUCCACUUUUGCUUAAGUGCCUAAUUGAUGGUGAUGAACAAGUUGCCAAUGCAUCAAUGGAUGCAAUUAGAAGUUUGGCUGGCUAUGCAGAAGGAAUGGACGUCAUCUUUCCUGCUAAUAUCAGCGAAGCUACUCAUCUCAGGAAUUUAGCUGCAGGAUGCUCAUCAGUGGGACGGGUCCGGGUUUUAGCUUUGAUUGUGAAGCUGUUCUCUAUUUCCAGCUCUGUGGCAUCUGUAGUUUACAACUCAAAUCUUCUUGAUCUUCUAGAGGCAGAAGUGAGGAAUGCAGAUGAUACACUUGUAACUUUGACUGUUUUGGAGCUAUUUUAUGAGUUGGCAGAAGUUCAGCACAGUGCAGAGUUCUUGUCGAAGACUACACUUCUGCAGUUGCUUAUGUCUUUGAUAAGCAAUGCUUCAAUUGAAUCAAUUUUGAGAGCAAGGGCAAUGAUGAUACUUGGAAGGCUUAUGUCCAAGGAGAAUUCUUUUUUGUUUAUUCCUGAAUCUAGUGUUAGAACUGUUAUUUCAGCCAUUGAUGAAAGGCUUGGCUUGUUGGAAAGUCAAGAUGUAGAUGAAUGUGAAUGUGCCCUUGAAGCAUUGGGUCAAAUAGGGAUGACAAUCCAAGGAGCAAAUUUGCUACUCUUGGGUAUACCUCCUGCUGCUAGACUUGUAGUUGAUGCUGCCUUUGAUCGGCAUGGGCGUGGUAAACAGCUGAUGUUCAUUGGAUGGAAAACACAGGCCGCGUUGCAUGCUCUUGGUAAUAUUGCAGGAGAAGCUCGACCUGAGAGCAACAGGUUGCUGAAUGUUGAUGCAGAAGAAAGCCUUCAAGCCUUAAUAUAUGGAACUGCAUCUAGAUCUCCAAAGCUUACACCAUCUGGGCUUUUCCUAUCAGUUCUUCAACAGGAGUCAGAGAUUCGGAUUGCGGGUUAUAGAUUGAUGAUGGGGUUGGUGGCUCGGCAAUGGUGUCUGAUGGCGAUAUGCUCGAGACAAGAGAUAAUAAGUGUAGUGACUGACACAUUGACUGAAACCACCAAGAUAGGUAUGGAAGCUAGACAUAAUUGUUGCCAAGCAAUUCAGAAGGCACUCCUGUCUUCACCUAAAUUAGCAAGCGAUCCUGCUCUUGCUGGAAUUGUUGCAAAGUUGGAUGAAGCUGUGAGAAGGGGUCCUUACCUGGCAAGAAAGCAUCCUGAAGCUCAACCUGCAAUAAUGACAGCUGAGAGAUUUUGAUUUACUGUUGGGAUCUUGGCUGCUGAUCAUAUAUGUACCAGGAGGCUUUCUUUUUGUACCCUUUACUUUUGACUGUUUAUUAUGCAAGAGAUAAUUCUCUUUCUUGUAAGUUUAUCCUAAUUUGUGUUCUAGCUCGAUAUGAGGGGGGAAAGAACAAAGUUGUAAAUAUUUGACAAAACUUCACUGAGUUCUUGGAGUCAUGUUCGUGGGUGUUAAGCUGAUUGAAUCCCUAUUACUACCUUAUGUUCCUGAAAUAUUGAACUUUGUUUACCAAUUUAGACAAUGUUCUUGGAGAAAUGAAGUUGGAAGAGCAAGCAAAGUUCUGUGUCA